AUGGGCGGAAAGAGCGACCAGGGGGGGAAACAGCGGUGGGGAGCGGGAACGAGUGCGGGCGCAGGGUUUGGUGAAGUGGAGGGUUUUGAAGCGCGGCGGAGUAGAGAGAUGGUAUUCGACCUCUGCGCGGCCCAUGGGUAUGCCAACACGUGGUAUUCUCACGACAUUUCAACCAUGCAACGAUCGACGCGCUUCGCCCCUGCGCGACUCGCGAGUCCUGAUCUCCUCCGCCCAGCAAUGGCCGCUAAAUUCCCUUCCUCGCGCCCCGCCCCACCUUCUCCUCCUCGUCACCAUCGACCGUACCUCUCGCUCCCCUCGCCCUCUCGUGCCGCGCUCUCCUCUCGUGCCGCGCUCUCCUCUCGUGCCUCGCUCUCCUCUCGUGCCGCGCUCUCCUCUCGUGCCGCGCUCUCCUCUCGUGCCUCGCCCUCUUCUCAUGCCUUGCCCGAUCGACCACCAACCGUCGUCGCCGUUCUCCUCUUUUUUCUCGGCUUCUCGCUCUGCUCCGUUGCUCCAGCUUCUCGUGAAUUUCUCGAAUUCGCCCCUCCUCCGCGUCAUUGUCUCGAAUUCGCCCCUCCUUCCCCUCAACCUGCUCUCGCCCCGCCGUGA